AUGCCGCCAACACCCACUUCGCCAGCAUCUGUCGAUGACGCCGCACUGAAAGACACCGGUGCCGGCGUCAAAAAGGCCGCACAAAAGAAGAAGUUGAAAAGCACCGGCUUCAAGAGCCAGAAGGCAAAGCAGGCCCUGAAGCACAUGCAUGCCUUCUUCAAGGCCCACCGCGACUGCGAUGAGUACAGAGACAUGACCUUUGGUGAGAAGCAGAAGGUGCUGGGCAAACUUUGGAAAAUGUCGCCCGAGAACCCCAAGAACAACACAUCUGCAUCCUGA